AUGAUCGACGACGCAGUUACCGAAGCGGGGCGCGACCGCACGACGCUGGUCGGGAUCGGCGUCGGUGUGACGGGAUAUUUCAUCGGCGACGGCGCUCGAUUGAACCCGCCCCGUCUGCUCGAUCUGGGCGCUGGUGCCGCUCGAUACGAUCCCGGCCGACGCGCUGGGGCAGAAGGUCUGAUCGACAAUGACGGCAAUGUCGCCGUGAUCGGCGAAGCGAUGCUUGGUCAUGGCCGGACGUCCGAUUUUUGCCUAUCUGUACUUUUCCGUCGGUUUCGGCGGCGGCAUCAUUUCAGGGGCUGCCUUGCGGGGACGCCAUGGCAAUGCGGGGAAUUCGCCUCGAUCCUGCCGGUGGAUUGGCCGCAGCCCAAUCUGAGGCCUGCGACUGAUCUUCGAGGAGACCGGUACGCCGUUUCCCGAUCUCCACUCGAUGCUCGCCGGCUUCGAUCCGGCACAUCCGGCCGUAGACCUGUGGCUGGAUCGCAGCCUGCCGUCGCUCAAUCUAGUGGCGUCUGCGAUUUCGGCAACGAUCGAUCCCGGCAUGAUCGUGCUGGGUGGCCGUUUGCCGACCUCACUGGCCUCGCGGAUUGCCGAGCGCAUUCCUUCACCACCAACCCUGAGCGCCGUGGCUUCCACCGCCCCGCGGCCCGAAUUGCUCCAUCGAUGAUCGGCGGAGAUGCUGCAGCGGUGGGCGCGGCGACUAUGCCGCUUCGUGCGGCGUUCUUCGAUCCCGAUGCGGCCGCCUUCUAUCUGGGGAGUGAGAAGCCGCUUCAUUCCACUGCUCGACGCCCGGAGAUCGCAUCGAACGCGGUCUUGGUGCUUGUACCUCACGCCUCACGAUUGACGUAG